AUGGCUGAUUCAAGUAACUUCGAGAAGCCGGGUAUCGCACUAGCUGGGGACGAUCGCUCAACAACGGAAGGCCAAGUCCAUGGGUGCGAUGAGGUUCACGCGAGCCUGAAAAGCGAGCGGAAAUAUGUGCGAAAGCUAGACCUGUGGCUUUUACCUUUCCUCAGCAUGAUGUACUUCUUCAACUCCAUCGAUCGAAGUAAUCUGGGUAAUGCCGAGACAGAUGGAAUGGGAAAGGACCUGCACUUUGUCGGGCAGGAGUACUCGUUGCUCGUCCUUCUCUUUUACAUACCGAAUGGUCUCUGCGACCUCCCCCUCAACAUGUUGACCGCGCGAUUUUCGGGAAAGAUCAUGCUUCCACUCCUCAUGACCGGCUGGGGGGCAAUGUCAAUGCUUCAAGCCGCCUGCACCAGCUUUGCCGGCAUAUUGGUUGUCCGGUUGAUUCUAGCUGCCCUUGAAGCCGGGUUCUUCGCCGGCGCCGUGUUCUAUCUCACGCUCUUCUACACCCGAGGCGAACUCGGCUUCCGUAUUGCCCUGUUCUUCGGCAGUGCGCUGCUGGCGGGGGCUUUCUCCGGGCUGUUAGCAUUUGGGGUAUUUCAAAUCAAGGAGUCACAUGUCAAAGGCUGGAUGUGGUUGUUUCUAAUUGAAGGUGGGAUGACUGUCAUCAUGGGAAUUGUUGCUUUCUUCUGGCUGCCAGCAUCACCCUCAACUGCGUGGUUUUUCACCGAGGAGGAGAAGACGAUGGCGGAGAUGCGGCAGCUGAGAGACGGCUCUCGGCAGGUUGGCGAAGAGUUUACGCUCAAAGAUUGCUUUAGCAGCUGGAAGAACCGCAUGUUCGCAGUGUGGUGCAUCAUCAGCUUCACCUAUCCGGUUGCGUUCGCGACAACAGCGAACUUCCUUCCCCUGAUCCUCAGACGGCUGGGUUAUAGCACGGUGAUCACAAAUCUCCUCACCGUUCCGCCAAAUGUGGUUGGGUUUUUGGCUCUCCUGGCCGUGACACGCAGCUCCGAUAGGAACCGCGAGCGUUCGUUCCAUAUCGUCGGCGCAUUGCUGCUUAGCCUGGCGGGACUCAUCAUUUUGGCGGCGGUCCCCUCAGACACUGACGCGGCACACAUCGGCGUGGCAUACUUCGCCUGCUUCCUGCUAUGCAGUGGCGCAUACAUCCCGAGUUGUCUUGUCCACAGUUGGCACAACAACAAUAACCUCAGCGAGACGUCGAGGGCAGCGACGACAGGCUUGUUGGUCGGCCUUGGAAAUUUGGGCGGUAUCCUGUCCGGGGCAACAUUCCGAACUAAUUACGCCCCUCGUUACAUCCCCACUCUGGGUGCAACAGCGGCUUGUAAUGUGGUCUGCAUUUGCUUUACCCUUGGAUUAGGCCUUUGGAUGCGCAGGGAGAAUGCAAGAAAAGACCGGGAGUGUGGGGCUGUGUUGAAGGCUGGUGACACUGACACGAGGGAUAUCGUAUUGGGAACUAGAGACACAAGGUGGAGGUACUUUGUAUGA